AUGAGCUCCCCUCCUCCGCCCGGUGUUUACGUCCCUGCGGUGCUCUUCUUUGACGAGGCCGAGGAGCUCGAUGUUGUAGCGAUCAAGGCGCACACCCUCCGACUUGCCCAGGGGGGCGUGACAGGCAUCCUAGUGCAGGGCAGCAAUGGCGAGGCCCAACACCUUUCGCACGAAGAGCGCAAGGCCACGAUCAGCCUCACGCGCGCGACCCUCGACGAGAACGGUUUCCAAAACGUCCUCAUCAUCGCCGGGACGGGCGGACAGUCGACGCGGGAGACGAGGAAGCUCUGCGUAGAUGCGAAGGAAGCCGGCGCGAGCCAUGCGCUCGUGCUCACUCCGGGCGUGUGGCCAAACCAGAUGAACAAGGACAGGAUCCUGAAGUUCCACCGCGAUGUCGCAGACGCGUCCCCCAUCCCGACCAUGAUCUACAACUUCCCCGUCGUGACCGCCGGCCUCAAUCUCGACUCGGACAUAAUCGCCGCGCUCGCCGUGCACCCCAACAUCGUCGGCACGAAGCUCUCCUGCGCUGAUGUCGGGAAGCUGAACCGCCUCACGUCCUCCCUCUCUCCUGAGAAGUUUGCGACCUUCCCGGGGUCGUCCUCCGUCUUCCUACAGGGUUUGGUCGUCGGCAGUGCAGGCAUAAUUGGUGCGCUGCCUAACGUUGCGCCGAAGGCCCACCUUCAUCUAUACAAGCUCUUCAAGGAGGGCAAGAUGGCGGAGGCGCAGAAGCUGCAGGGUCUGCUGGCGCAUGCCGACUGGGAGUUGCAGAAGCUGGGCAGCAUUGCAGGGAUCAAGGCGGUGGUGUCGAAGCACUUCGGAUACGGUAGCACCGAUGUGAGGGGACCCUUGACGCCGCAGAACUUGGAAGCUGUGGACGCUGCGGCGAUCACCAAACUCGAGGAGCUCAUCGCUUUGGAGAAGACGUUGUAA